CCAGGGUCUGGAAGAGAAUCUUCUUGCGGCUGAUCCUACUUGCAGUUGGCCUCUUAGGGCUGCUCCUGUACGGGCUCCCUCUAGUCAGGCAUCUGGAAGUCCUCAUCCCCAUGGGUGUCUGCCCUUUGGCCAGAAGGCCCCUGAGAGACAACUUCACGGGUCUCCUGCGUCCCUGGGCCCGGCCUGAAGUCCUGACCUGUACCUCCUGGGGGGCCCCCAUCAUUUGGGAUGGCACCUUCGACCCAGAUGUGGCCCAGCAAAAGGCUGCACAGCAGAACCUCACCAUUGGGCUGACUGUCUUUGCUGUAGGCAGGUACCUGGAGAAGUACCUGGAGCGCUUCCUGGAGACGGCCGAGCGGCACUUCAUGGUGGGCCAGCGCGUGGUGUACUACGUGUUCACCGAGCGCCCGGCCGCCGUGCCCCGCGUGCCGCUGGGCCCGGGGCGCCGGCUGCGCGUGGAGCGCGUGGCGCGCGAGCCGCGCUGGCAGGACGUGUCGAUGGGGCGCAUGCGCACGCUGCACGAGGCGCUGGGCGGGCGGCUGGGCCGCGAGGCGCGCUUCGUCUUCUGCAUGGACGUGGACCAGCACUUCAGCGGCGCCUUCGGGCCCGAGGCGCUGGCCGAGUCGGUGGCGCAGCUGCACGCCUGGCACUACCACUGGCCGCGGCGGCUGCUGCCCUUCGAGCGCGACGCGCGCUCGGCCGCCGCGCUGGCCCCCGGCGAGGGCGACUUCUACUACCACGCGGCGCUGUUCGGGGGCAGCGUGGCGGCGCUGCGCGCGCUGACGGCGCACUGCGCGCAGGGCCUGCGGCAGGACCGCGCGCGCGGCCUGGAGGCGCGCUGGCACGACGAGAGCCACCUCAACAAGUUCUUCUGGCUGCACAAGCCCGCCAAGGUGCUGUCGCCCGAGUUCUGCUGGAGUCCCGACAUCGGCCGGCGGGCCGAGAUCCGCCGCCCGCGCCUGCUCUGGGCGCCCAAGGAGUACGCGCUGGUGCGCGCCUAGCCAGGGCCCG